AUGCUGUCUGGCGUCCUUCUUUUCAACUUGAAAGGUGAAAACCUCAUCUUUCGCAGCUUCCGAAAUGAUUGUCGCCCUCGCCUUGCCGAUGUGUUCCGCAUUCAAGUCAUCAGCGCUCGGGAAACCCGGUCGCCGAUCCUGACGCUCGGAAGCACUACUUUUAGCCAUGUCAAGCACGAGAACAUCUACCUCGUGGCUAUUACCAAGAGCAAUGCGAACGCUGCUCUCGUCUUUGAGUUCCUCUACCGCCUUAUCCAGCUCGGGCGGGGCUACUUUGGCAAGUUUGACGAGGAGGCCGUCAAGAACAACUUUGUGCUUGUCUACGAGCUGCUAGACGAGAUUGUCGACUUUGGAUACCCUCAAAACACCGAAACAGACACGCUCAAGAUGUACAUUACGACUGAAGGCGUCAAGUCCGAGCACCGCCCCGAAGAUUCGGCCAAGAUCACAAUGCAAGCUACCGGCGCCUUGUCAUGGCGCAAAGCAGACGUCAAGUACCGCAAGAACGAGGCAUUUGUCGAUGUUAUUGAAGACGUCAACCUCUUGAUGUCUGCUGCUGGGGCCGUGCUGCGCGCCGACGUCACGGGUCAGAUCGUCAUGCGCGCAUACCUUUCCGGAACACCCGAGUGCAAGUUUGGCCUGAAUGACCGACUGCUUCUCGACGGCGACGGCAUGAUGAGUCUGCCGUCCGGCAACCGCAUGGGCACCAAGGCUACCAAGGCGGCAGCUGGCAGCGUCACGCUCGAGGACUGCCAGUUCCACCAGUGCGUCAAGCUCGGCAAAUUCGACUCGGACCGAAUCAUCAGCUUCGUGCCUCCCGACGGCGAAUUCGAGCUUAUGCGCUACCGCGCCACCGAGAACGUGAACCUGCCCUUCAAGGUCCAUGCCAUCGUCAACGAGAUUGGCAAGACAAAGGUUGAAUACAGCAUCGGUGUCAAGGCUAACUUUGGCCCCAAACUCUUUGCUACCAACGUCAUCGUCCGCAUCCCCACACCGCUCAACACAGCUCGCAUAACAGAACGUUGCACACAAGGCAAAGCGAAGUAUGAGCCGUCCGAGAACCAUAUCAUAUGGAAGAUUGGUCGAUUUGCCGGCCAAUCGGAAUAUGUCCUGUCUGCCGAGGCCGAGCUCACAAGCAUGACCAGCCAAAAGGCCUGGAGCCGGCCGCCUUUGAGCAUGAACUUCAGCCUGCUCAUGUUUACCAGUAGCGGUCUGUUGGUGCGAUAUCUCAAGGUAUUUGAGAAGAGCAACUACAGUAGUGUCAAGUGGGUGCGGUACUUGAGCAGGGCUGGAAGCUACGAAAUAAGAUUUUGA